GGGUAAACUAUAAACUACCACCUUAUCAGUUGUAUAUUAUCUUUAAUCAAUAAUCAUGUUACCUGCAUCCUACAAUUGUUUACAACCUACAUAAGUUACUAAACUAAAAGUUUUUAAAUAUCAAAUACUAAGUAGUAAGUAAUGUUAGCAUUGUUACUUGUUAGCAAAGUUUAAUUGGUACAAAUGUUUAGUGUACAAUGGACCUGUUGUGUGAGUGUGUUGGAAUAUGUCUAUAUUUUUUUCCAUAAUUAUUCUGUAAGUAGAUGAAGAUGAUUUCUACAACUUUACUGUUAACUGCUACGUAAAUUACAUGUCAAAUAAACUAUGAAAACUUCAAAAUGGAAACAGAUCAUGGAAAACUUAAAUGUAUUGAUAAAAAUUCCAAAAUGAAGUGUCCAACACCACAUACAGAGAAGAUUGUGAAUGCCCGGAAGAUAACUUAUUGCAGACGACCAGGAUUGAUUUAUAAGAAUCUUAUAAAAAAUCAAAAUGCAAUACAAACCAGUCAAUAUUUUGAAUUGACAUGUGGUGUUCAUCAAUGGAUCCCACCUAGAUCUCCAUAUGCUCUUAUACAAGAAGACUUGUUUCACAAUCCUUGGCAACUGUUGAUUGCUACUAUAUUUUUAACAAAAGUAACUGCUAAACUUGCAAUUCCAAAAAUUCAUGAAUUUUUACUGAAAUGGCCCACACCAGAAGAUGUGACUAAAGCAAAUCCCCAAGAUUUACUUUUUUCGGUGAAAAAUUUAGGACUAGAAAAUACCCGUGUUAAAACUAUAAAACGAUUUACAGCGGAUUUCUUGUCAAAAAAUUGGAAGUACCCAAUAGAGUUGUACGGAAUUGGCAAGUACGGUAAUGAUUCAUAUAGACUCUUUUGUGUGAAUGAAUGGCGAAUAGUACAACCAGAUGAUAUACUGUUAUCAAAAUAUAAAGACUGGUUAACGUUAAAUGAAAAACAACUUGGAAUUUAAGAUUUUUAUUAUUUUACAAUUUAAUUUAACUACUCUUACAGUCUAUAUUGAAAUAUAAAUGUUUGUUAAU